CGAGUGACGACAGACAGCGACGUGCGGUUGUAAGAGAAUCGCCCAGAGCGGUAGGCGACCUCAAGAAAGGCAAAGCGGUGACGUAGCGUCCAGUUGUGUUAUCGCGCGAGUACAAAUGGAAAUGUGUCCUUAGAGAAGCAGUUUAAUACGACGUACUGUUUUAAUUGUGGCACGAUGAAAACAGCAUAUCAGGAGUGGUCUGCACGCAGAUGCGAUCCGAUUACAGUCAACGAUGGACGCCAAAAUAUUCUUACUACUGUUAUCGACAGUAGUAUUUGUCAAUGCUGUAGACAUAUCACUCAUAGACUCGACUGACGUCAAAUUGAAACUACAAGACAACCCAUAUGGAGGACUUAACGUACUUUUAAAUAGAAGAGGCAUUUCAGAAGUGAUUUCAGUCAUAGGACGUCGAACGUCUGGCAUAAAGGACAUAAUUCAGAACGGCGACGUAUUGAUCCAGUUCAAAAACGACACCACGGUCAGAAUCAGUGUCGAGCAUAUCGCGGGUGAGAGGAAAGGUCACCUGCUGUCGUUCGCUUGGAAAACAACAAAGAACACCCGACUGGAGGACUGUGCUAAUCUCGGCACCGACAGCUGGUAUGGAGGCCCGCAACAAAAACGCCAAUACUGGCCCAUCGAGAGACUCGUUCUCCCGAACUACUCGUAUGUGACCAAGGAAGCGGACAACAGUGCUGUAGCCGAGCCUUACUGGCUCAACUCCCAGGGCAUAUUUUAUUACUUCGACAAAAAAGUCCCAUUAUUCAUUGACCAAAACGACUUAGAAAAGAAUGCCGCUUGCUUCAUAGCUCAGAUCAGACCCCCGUAUUCAAAGAAUAGAGAGAGCAACGAACUCGUAUACGCUUUAGGCAUCUUCGGUGACGUCAAACAGGCCCAUCAAUUCGCAGUAGAGAAAUAUUUGAACAAGCCCAAAGCGAUUCCUGAUGAGCGAAUGAUAAAGUACCCUAUAUGGUCAACCUGGGCCAGGUACAAAAGGGACGUGAACCAUGACGUUGUAUUAAAAUUCGCCGAUGAAAUAAAUAAAAAUGGUUUUCCUAAUAGUCAAAUGGAAAUCGACGAUCUAUGGGAGAUUUGUUAUGGUUCCCAAACUGUUGAUAUUAGAAGAUUUCCCGACAUGAAAGAUAUGGUUGGAAAACUCAAAGCUAAAGGUUUCCGGGUGACGCUUUGGACCCAUCCAUUUAUAAACAAAGGUUGCGAGCCAUGGUAUUCUGAAGCCAAAGCGAAGGGUUAUUUAGUUUCUUCUGAAUACGGUUCAGUGGAAACGAGCUGGUGGAACGACAAUGGCACCACCACAUCAUACAUUGAUUUCACCAAACCUGACGCCCGCCAGUGGUACGUGGACAGGCUGCGCGCUCUUCAAAAGUCUAAUGGAAUCGACAGUUUUAAAUUCGAUGGAGGAGAAUCGAGUUGGUCUCCACAAAUACCCGUCCUUCGAGGGGACAUCAGAGACCAACCUGGUGUAAUCACUGCCGACUACGUGAGGGCUGUGGCUGAGUUCGGCCCGAUGGUAGAAGUCAGAGCUGGAUACAGGACCCAAGACCUCCCGGUCUUCGUGCGAAUGAUAGACAAGGACAGCUACUGGACCUUCGAGAAUGGUCUUCCGACCGUCGUGACCACUUUGCUGCAGAUGAACAUGAACGGUUACCCCCUAGUCUUACCUGACAUGAUCGGAGGAAACGGGUACAACGAACCACCGACUAAAGAGUUGUUCAUCAGGUGGCUCCAAGCCACAACGUUUAUGCCUAGCAUGCAGUUCAGCUAUGUACCCUGGGACUUCGAUAAUGAGACAAUUGAAAUUAGCCAGAAAUACGUGGCGCUCCACGCGAAGCACGCGGUCGACAUUGUGGCCGCCUGCAAGCAAGCUACCCUGGACGGUACUCCUGUAAACCCUCCGAUAUGGUGGAUCGCGCCCAACGAUACCACAGCCUAUGAUAUUUGGGAUGAAUAUCUCCUGGGUGAGGGGAUCUUGGUGGCCCCGGUGUUAGAGCGGGGGGCGAGGUCGCGUGACGUGUACUUGCCCCCGGGGACGUGGUUAGCGCAGGGAGACCCCGGCCGGGUGUUCCCCGGAGGCGACUGGAUAAGAAAAUACCCGGCACCUUUAGACACCUUACCGUAUUUCAUUCGGGCUUAAAUAUUUGCGCAACUAACCUAACUUUUAUUUAUUUCAACCAUUAAACGUUUGCCAAUUUG